UCGGUGUGGAUAAAUAGACAAUAGAUGCCUAAAUCUGCGACGCUGAGCGUGGAGAUCGUAAGUGACUCUCUUGAGUUUAUACCUGACGAUGAAGGGUUCAGCAUAAUUGUCAAGCUGAAGGAUCCAGAUCCGGUCUCGACCCGGAGCUUGCACUGCGACAUGCUCAACAUAUUAAAUUUGCUAAUCCCCCAGCUCCACGAAUCUGGCGCCCCACUCUGGAAAAUUGUACUGCAGCCCGCUCCGCUCCGUACCAAAGUUGGGGGGCGGAGGGGCUCCGAACAGGCACUAAAUAUUCGUAGCGUCUACGAAUCUGCCAGAGGUUCUUCCACCAGUGCCUGUGUCGAGCUUAAGGACCUGCACCCCUCGUGGAACCACCGCUUCUACUUCAACCUGUCUUUUGCUUAUUCCAGUGAGUGUGUCGAGCUUAACGAUCUGAACUAGGUGUGGAACCACCGCGUCUACUUCGAUCUGCUAGAUCUGGCCAAUCUUCGCACGGUCAUUCUUGAAGGUGGUGCAGCCAGGUCAGCCGGAUUGCAUAGCGCCUCACUCCUGCGCCUCUCUGAUUAUGUAGAAGCGUUCAAAUUGCUCCUAUUAUAUAAGUGGGGUACUCGCUCUGACUUCAUCGAUGGAGGCUACAGCAGAGCUCAGAUUGCCAGCUUGUAUUCAGCACCAAUAUGGUUGUGUGUAUCAUGGUCUUAUGGCAAAAACAAACCAGUGUGGUUGUGUGUGGAGGUUGUAAGUGCUUAUGACCUCACGCCCAUGGAUGAGCAGGGUUCUGCAAGUACUUUUGUCGAGCUUGCCUUUGAUAAUUUCCGGUACCGCACUACUGUCAAGGAGAAAGAUCUGAACCCGGUGUGGAACGAGCGCUUCUACUUCGAUUUGUCUGAUCCAUCUAAUCUCCCUCACCUUCAUCUUAAAGCAUACGUCUAUCACGUCAACAGACUAUUCAAUGGUUCCGAGUCCUUGGUUGGCAAGGUCAGAGUUGAUGGGACCUCAUUUCUGACCUUAGAUGAUGCCCAAGUGUUGCUUUAUCCAUUGGAGAAGCGUAGGAUAUUGUUUGUCAAAGGGGAGUUGGCUCUCAAAGUAUACAUCACUGAUGACACCUCUAUCAGACCUUCAAACCCUUUUAUUCCUGUGGAUACUGUCAUAUGCUCUCCAACUGUUCAUGUUUCAACUAACAGGGAAAGGAUAUUACAUGGUCUGAGUUCAAGACCGCACAAUGUAUCAUUACAGUAUUUGAAAAAAAUCACAAAAAACUUCUCUCAAGGGAGUCAUGCAAAAUGGUGAAAUGAUUGCCGUGAAGAAGAUUGUGUCGUCCUUAAGGCCAGGCCUGCAGAAGCAAUUUGAGAAUGAGGUUUAUCAUCUUAUGAUUCUGAAGCACCCCAAUAUAGUCCGGUUUGUAGGCUACUGCUAUGAAACACAGAAUGCGUGUUUAGAGUACGACGGGAAAUACGUUUUUGCAGAGAUGGCGGAAAGAUUGCUUUGCUUGGAGUAUCUACCCAACGGGAGUUUGGAUAAUUAUAUAUCAGAUGAAUCUUCUGGACUUGAUUGGAGCACACGCUACAAUAUAAUCAAGGGGAUUUGCUAUGGUAUAUGUUACCUUCAUGAACAAAUUGAUAAGCCUAUUAUUCACUUGGACCUCAAACCCGCGAACAUAUUGUUGGAUGACAAUAUGGCACCGAAAGUAACGGACUUCGGUCUGUCAAGACUGCUUGAUCAACAAACUAUUUGCACUGCAUCUCGCGAUGGAACACUUGGUUACAUGGCACCAGAAUUCCUACAUGGAGGUAUGGUUACACCAAAGUCAGACAUAUUUAGUCUGGGUGUAGUAAUCAUGGAGAUAGUAACAGGACACAGAGACUACCCAGACGUUAUUAGAACACCUUUGGACGAGUUUGUCGAGCAUGAACUCAAGAAACGGAGAAAUGUGUUACAUCGAUCACUGGGCUAUGGAUCCCUAGAAACAGACUGUGAACAGAUAAAGAGAUGCCUCCAAGUAGGCCUACUGUGCGUGAAUCCUGAGCGCGCCAAGAGGCCCCCGAUAAGAAAGGUUAUUAGUUUGCUCCGAGGAUCGGAGAGUAUCGACUGGGACUAGCAGCUAGCUAGGCAGUAUACUAUGUAGGACAGGUAUGUAUGAAAACUCAGCAAUCAUCCAUGGUGUGUCUGUAUUUGCUAGCCCUUGCAUUCUCUUUUAGCAAUUUGGCGACCUCAUCACAUAACUCAAAAUAUAGGCUGGACACUGUUUUUCAACAUCUGUGUAUCCGGUAUCUGAGGAGCUUGAGUGUGACGAGGAGAGCGCUGUAUAAGAGACUGGGUGAAUAUAGACCAUGAGGAGAGGGCUGGAGAAUGGGAUCGACCUGGCCACACGCUGAUACUGAUCGUGGUCGUUGGUUGGGGUAGUUAACAGCUAAGAAAAAGCUCACGGCGGAUUCAUGUAGUUUUUGCAAGUUGCAAGUGUGCCUCGAGGUUGGAAUGCUUCAUCGUGCAAUCAAGUCCAUCUAAGGAAUGAAUGUUAUAUUGCCUUUGAUGGCGUAUCUGUUGUUGAACUUGGAUGUGUCAAUAUAGUAUAUAGUUGUUGGACA